AUGCUAAGCAAAGCCAAGAAAGGUUCUCACAAUCGCACAAGAGAUAAUAUGGGGUUUGAAAUGAAAAGGCUUAGGUUUAAGGUCUUUUGGAGCAUUCUGGAGCAUAUGGGACAUAAGGAGCAUGGAGGGACUUGGCACAUGGAAGCAGCUCAACUGGAUACGCAAAGGAAGAAGGGAGAAGCCAUCUUGAAGACCAGCUCGACCGUCCACUCGACCAACCGGUCGAGUUCCUCAACUCGACCGGCCAAGCUUCAACUCGAUCGAGCUGAGAAGUCAAAGUCAAACCCGAAAAAUGUUGCUUCCCCCUUGACUUUCCUUUGA